AUGCUGUCCGCACUACGAUGCUUCUCAACAGGGAGCAGUAUUAGAGCGCGUGGGAUGAAUAUUGACGGCAAUGCUAUUGUCAGCGGCAUCAGGUUGUUUUCAGGAACAACGACUACACGUGGAGGUCGCGGCAGAGCCGGCGGCACAAGGCCGGCCUUCGAGCUGCUGGACGAGGACAUCGAAGAGAGAUUUGGAAGUGGGCCAGGCGGCCAAAAGAUCAACAAGGUGCGGAACUGCGUCCAGCUGACCCACCUCCCUUCCGGCGUGUCGGUCUCAUGCCAAGACUCUCGCGAGCUUCACGCCAACCGCCACAUCGCUCGGAAACGCCUCAAGGAAAAGGUGGAGUUCCAGCUGAUGGGCGCGGACAGCAAGGUCGGCCGCAGAAUAAACAACAUCCGGAAUAAGAAGGCUCGCUCGCAGCGAAAGUCGCGCCUCAAGCACCAAGCAGCAGCAGCGGCAGCGACAUCAGCGAAACAGCCAGAACCGGUGCUCAGCAAUGACGAAGUGGAGAAGAUGAUGAUGGCCGGUGGCGGCGGUACGGGGCACGCGGUGGACUCGGCGAGCGAAGUCGACGAGGAGGAGAGUGACUGGGAAGACAGCGGAAGCAACGAAGCCGGGAGAUGAAGGAAAAAAAAUGUGGGGUGACGAAGUUUGUUUCGUUAGUACGCCCCCCCAAGCCAUAUGUGCGGCGAGAUGGCUGCCGAUUCGAAGCGCUCUUCGUUUCUGGCGUCUGGAUGGAGGUUGCAUUCGAGGCUGGGCUGGAACGGCACCAGACGCUUCUCGGCAUGGAGUAGAGGGAGGACGGCGCGGUUACCACUGCCGUAUCCUUCUACGGGCGGACCGAGGGCGUGUUUGCCUCUGCUGUUGCUCGGAGGUCGGCUUGGCGAAACGGAAAACAUCUACGUCAAUCAGACGGUGGCAAAGCGCAUCCCGCCUCUGGCACUACGUCCUGGACCAGUCCUGGUGGAACGGUCCGUUAUUUUUGAAGUAGCAUUUGGCCAAAGUCGGCAGGUAGGCUUCGCGAGAAGAGGUUUAAGAGAACCGGUUCGAACUCAACGCUGCUGCUAUUGCUGCUGCUGCUGUGUUCUUCCCGUUGCCGAUAAGCCAAUGGGCGCGGAUGUGUUUUGUUACCGUCAUCUUUGUUAAUUGGUGUUUUCUGUGGCUUGUUUGGACUAUUAUGUUGUGCUAUCUGGGCCCGGACCAAGCGCCGCGCUGCUCGAAUGAUGGUGAAAAUUUCCUUCCCUGUUGUGUGUUUGACCUGCUCAGCUUCCUUUCCGUGUCUGCGUGAAAUUUUGGAUACUGUUACAAAUUGAAAUGUUGACUCUGCAGGUGUUGUCGCACAGUAUGUAUUCAUUCGUUCGCGUUCUUUUUUUUCUUGCCUUCGGCCGGAGAGGCAAGAACGCCGGACUCAAAGUGCGAGGUUCCUGUGUGUCGGUUGCACUCAGCAACAUGGACUGUUGGUGUGUGUGGACCU